AUGAACCUAAUCUUCCAUAAUAUACUCGGAAAGAUUUUAGAGGUUUACAUAGAUGGCAUGGUUGUGAAGUCCAAGAAGCGAGGAGACCACAUUGUGGUUCUCAAAAAGGUCUUGGAGCGCAUGCGGCUACACAAACUUAAGAUGAAUCCCACCAAGUACAUUUUUAGGUUCAAGCAGCCCUUUUCCCAGUUACUGAAGAUGCAAGGACAGAACCAAUUCGUUUGGGAGCCUAAACAUCAAGAGGCCUUUGACAAGAUCAAGGUCUAUUUAGCGAGCCCGCUAGUACUGGUUCCUCCCAGGCAUAGAUUCCCACUGAAGUUGUAUAUCUCAGCAGCUGAGGCUUCCAUUGGCAACCUACUCGCUCAAGACAAUGAGGAUGGUGUCGAGCAUGCUAUAUUUUACCUCAGCAGGACACUUACAGACUGUGAAACUCGUUAUACUCUAAUGGAAAAGCUAUGCCUCACGCUAUACUUCUCGACAUGCAAGUUGCGGCAUUACAUGUUAUCCUUUACUACUUGCAUCAUCGCUCAGACUGAUCUUGUCAAAUAUAUGUGGUCGCGGCCUAUUCUGAGAGGCUGCAUUGGUAAGUGGGUGCUCGCCUUGUCAGAAUUUUCCCUACAAUAUGUUCCACAGAAGGCAGUUAAGGGGCAAGCCAUCGCAGACUUUUUGGCCCAUCACCCUAUGUUGGAUAUUCCUGCGGUGCGAGAUUUAGAGGUUGCUGCUGAAGCAACAGAUCUGCCAGACCUGGGGUGCUUGCCAGAAUACGUGACGUUGUACCAGGCCACAAUCUCACUCCAAUCCUGGGUGCUAUAUUUUGACGGUUCGAGGACAGAUACACUGGCAGGAGCUGGGGUCGUUUUGGAGAACCCAGUAGGCGAUCGAUUUUUCUAUUCUUUCCAGUUGGAGUUCUGGUGCACUAAUAAUCAAGCUGAGUAUAAGGCCCUCAUUAUAGACCUAGAGGUGUUACUGGAGCUAGGGGUCAGAGACAUCCAAGUCCGCGGAGACUCGUUACUCGUUAUUAAUCAGUUUCACAAGAAGUUCAGAUGCACGAGCGAUUUGAUCGCCCCAUACUUGGAUCGUGCACUUGAGCUCCAAGUCCAGUUUGAGGACGUGGACUUAGAACAUAUUCCUCGUGAGUGCAAUUUUGCUGCCAAUGAACUCGCUCAUUUGGUUACAGGCAUUACUUUGAAGUACGAAGUCUACGAGCGAAUUCUGAAAGUUGACAUGCCUUCAUCGAUCGCACACCAUGACCCACCAGAGGAACCAACAGUGGCCGCUUUAGAUACUAUUGACGUGGACUGGUGCAUCCCUUUGAUCACUUACCUUAAGCAGCUAGAUCUCUUAGCUGACAAAAAGAUCCGUUUCCUCGCGCUCAAUUAUUUUCUCAGGAACUAUGAGCUGCGAUGA